AUGGCAGAACAGGAGAGUUUUGCAGGUUUUGGCAUAGCUCAACAAAAUGACUAUUACUGCUUCUGGCAAAGUCAUUGCUGUGGUCUCCCCUCUGCUAUUAGAGUGAAGCAGGAGUUCCAGCCCAUCCAGGGUUACCACUGUGGCAACUGGUACAUGCCACAGCCCAGCUCUUACCUUCUUUCUGGCUACAGCUACGGCUGUGCGGUGGAUGGAAAUGGACAGGAUUGUUUUUCUGCGCGUGAGAUCCCUCAACACACAGCUGGAACUUCGGUUAUGCCUAAGGAAACCACAGCGCUAGCUGAAAACCAAGAUGAAGACCCACUAGAAGAGAUGGAGUUUCGUCAUGUUGCCCAAGCUGAUCUUAAACUCCUGAGCUCAGGCGAUCUGCUUGUGUCGGCCUCCCAGAGUUGUGGGAUUACAGAUCCACAUCUUCAUGUGAAUAUUGAGGAAUCAAACCAAGAGUUUAUGGUGAAAAGUGAAGAACUCUAUGACUCCCUCAUGAAUUGCCACUGGCAGCCGCUGGAUACAGUGUACUCAGAAAUUCCAGAUGAGACCCCAAAGUGA